GAAUAAGAAUUAUUAUUAAGAAUACUAACCAUUUUAGGUUCUAACUAUGACUCUAAACGAAAGCGUUUGAAAAUGGAAUCACAGCGAUCAGAAGAACCACAAAAUGCUAAUGAAAUAAAAAAUGAGAACGGUUCAAGAUCAGUCAGUCCUAGUAAUAUGCUUCAAGAUCCAAAAGUUCAGGACCAAGUGUCUAGCCCUAUUCCUGGGGGCCCUAUAAAUGAAAAUCAAUCACCCCCUUCUGGAUCUGCAAGUUCCCAAAAACCAGGAUCUGCAAGUUCUCAAAGACCAGGAUCUGCAAGUUCCCAGAGACCAGGCUCUGCUAGUUCCCAGAGACCGGGAUCUGCUAGUUCUCAAAAACCAGGAUCAGCUAGUUCCCAAAGACCAGGAUCAGCAAAUUCUCUAAGACCAGGAUCUGCAAGCUCUCAAAAACCAGGAUCAGCAAAUUCUCAAAGACCAGGAUCAGCAAAUUCUCAAAGACCAGGAUCAGCAAAUUCUCAAAGACCAGGAUCAGCAAAUUCUCAAAGACCAGGAUCUGCAAGUUCUCAAAAACCAGGAUCUGAAAAUUCUCAAAGACCAGGAUCUGCUAGUUCUCAGCACUCAAUCAGAAAAGCUGGUUUCAACGACUCACCAAUAGUCAAUUCCAUAGAAGUUGAGAGUCUUGAACCAGUGCCUGAUGUACCAGUACCAGAUAGUACUGGGAAUACUGAGACAGUAUCAGAUAGAAGAGCUUCAGCUGUAACAAUCUUAGAGAUGGAGACCGAGGAGGAUGAGCAAAUUGAUAGUGUUUUCACCCCUGAUUUAGAACCAUUCCCUGCGAUGCCAUCAAGUGAUAACUUAUUUGUUAUUGAAGAGGACCACGAAGGGGAGGAACUUCUUAAAAUAGAGGUGUUUUCAAAAGACAUGGGUCAGGAGGGUGAUGAUAUAGUGACCCCACGUGACCAGGUUGACCUCCCCCAAUUGUUGGAAGAGUUACACGGUGUUCCCACUCAGCUUGCUGUUGACAUACCACCCAAGGAGUUGAUGUCCGAUAAGAGGAUCCCAGACACAGUCGAGCAACAACUGGACAUUGCGGGCCGGGACGAUUACUUGCUGGAAUUUGAGCAGGAAGUCAAGGAGGAUGUUCUGAUGAUAGGGAACAUUUCUUUAGAUGAGAUAAAGGCUGAAGAACAAAGGUUGCGUGAAGAGCACGUCAGGUUCCAGGACCAAGAGUCUCGGCUCCACGAGAGACGUAAAGACGAGGUUGUGAAGAAAGAAGAGUUAGCUAAACACCAAGUCAGGGACAUGGCCAAGUUGAAGCGGGAGGAACUUGCUAGAAAAGAGAAACAAAUAGCAGCGAAAAGAAGGUUGUACCACAGUGAGGUUCAAACAGCGUACCGUAAAGCGCAGUCCCAGCUUCUGUACGCUUUACAGACCAGGAGAGCUGAAGUGGAGACGAUGUAUGGAGAUCUGAUCCUAGCAGACUCCCAAUACGGCGGUAAUAAUGGGAGGAGGUGGAAGGUGGACUGGAACAAGGCCCCCCAACCCGUCCAGAUAAAACUCAGAUGCCUUAGAGGUAUAAAAGAUAAGCUGCCCGGGGGCCGGUACGUGGUUCUGGUUUCCAUGUACGAUAGAAUAGGAGGCCACGUGAUGAGGUGGAGCAACCUGACUGGUCAGCAGUGGAGUGGGAGCACGCUACCUCUCUCUCACGACGGAGCAUUCCAUUCUAUAGAGCUUCCAGUCGAACAGUCAGUGUUCACAGUGUGUCCCAGUGUACCCGACAUCAGACCCAGUAUGGUAUUUGUAUUUGAAGUGUUUCUGCUGCGUGGACCCAUGGUUCCUACCGAUAGAGUGGUUGCAUGGGGCGCAUUUCCUCUCUGUGACAAAGAGUGCAGUGUGAUAGAAGGGAAAUACAAAUGUCCACUGCUACGAGGUGAAGUUGAUAACCGCGUCCAAUCACACGACAAAAUCGAGCGUCUGAUCGCCACAGACAUUGAUAACUGGUUGUGUAACCUGUACGUUGAGGUAAUCAAGUUACCCCGGUAUAUGGGCGGUCAGAAAGAGUUUGAGGUAGAACUACAGUUCACAAGCUCCCUGCUCGGUUACCCUGAUCGACUACAAGACGGGGAGCCGCCUAAAGACGGUAACCCGCCCAUUAUUGAGGGAGCGGAUAGUGGGUCCACUAUCGGAUACGAGCCCGCUGACGUGUCCACUACUAAUGAGACCGGUGAGGACAAGAUGAUGGACCACACUUUACCGAAUGAAGACGAAAGAUGUGGUUCGGUGCAGAGUAUGCGCGCAGAUGUGCACGCCACACAAAUAUCACGACCUUUCACAGCUGCACAGGAGAUGAUGAGUGAGGGAGACGAGUCUGAAAAGCAGGAGGAUCCUGAGAACGACUACGAGAACGAGUUUAAAGAGGUGCAGGAUAAGGAGGGGCUGUAUUACAAGAUACACAGGGAGAACCCUAUGCAGUCCUAUCAAACCUCACUCUAUAAGAUGUUACCUCGAACUAACUUGAUGAAAACAAAUGUUACGGUCAAGAAAACCCUGACCAGCGCUGAGGAGCUAGCUGAGUUCAAGUUUGCUGUACAAGUGCCAUUUUGUGAUCAAGGCAAGAGGAAGAAGAUUACUCAUGAGAGAUUUAGGUUUUUGUACCUACAAAUGCUGACAGAAGUUGGGGUCAGCAAGUUCAAAACCCCCGAGUUUUGGACCCUUAUCUUCUUUCUGUUUGUUGCUGGUCUUGGUCGAAUGUUACUUCACUACGUUGGCCAGUAUAUACUACUACAAAUCUGGGACGUGCCCGUCACCAAGUUUAAACCCAAGUGGUACACGUGCGAAUUGAUAUACUUCUCGGAGACCCUGGAUUAUUUCAAGAUAAUUGCGCUAGUCGUCAUGGGUCCGAUGUCAAACAUCAUGUUCUUCAUAGCCCUGGUAACCACUGCAGCUGUUUCUUAUCGUCUCAUGGGAUUUUUCCCAAACAUAGCUUCCCAGUUCAUCUCCGCAUUCGGUGUGAUGACCUUCUUUGACUGGUUGAUCGUGCUGAUUAUUGACUGCAUGACGGGACGAUAUGAACCGUCUACUGAAGUUGGGAUGGAGGGGAUCGUCGGGGACGCUUUUAAGUUAUACGAGGUGUUUGACAGGAAGGAAAGUAACGGUUUAGUCGGGGCCUUUCUUACUAUCUUCAUCUACUUCUUUCUUUCAUUUCUGAGUGGUGUGAUAUUUUACAUGUACUACCUGAGGAUACAUUUGAACGGGAGGUUGCUGGACAUAUUUGUAAGACUUACUGGAAAAAACGAGGAUUUCUUUGUCCCACAUGAUCUAGAGAUAAGCCACGCAGAGUUGGACUUUAUCGUGACAAAAGCAGAACAGUGGAGAGGCGAGGAGGGCGAGAGACGAAAAACAGCUAUCUACGACUACGUCUGGGAAGAGGAGAUCACCGAAGAGUGGGAUGACACGGCCUCAAAAGACGUAGACAAAUUCAAGAUGGAUGUAACAACGCAUGUGUCGAUACAUACUCUGCAUCUUGACGGACUGAGGGAGCUAUUCAGACACUUCCUGCGCUUGUCUGACGGUGCUAUCCUGGAGGUGUUUGGUGAGGCUGGCUUCCUUGGACUGGACGAGGCUGUUAAAUCUCAACUCAAAGACAAAUUUGACGACAUGCAGGUUCAAGUGAACACCACCCUCAACCGAGCAACCACCGCCAAACACCGCUCCCUAAAUCAGAGCAGGGCCACUCUCCUCAGCAAAACGUCCGCUCACCGUACUGACGGGUCACGUGCUGGGUCACGUGUUCCCAGUCUACACUCCAGGGCGGCGUCUAGACCAAGCAGUGCUACGUCCAAGUCCAGUGUUAGAUCAAGACAGAGUGUCAAAUCCUACUCGUCCAGCGGCAAGAAGAAUCUAUGAUGCGAUAUUUCACUAUAUUUCCAGGAAUCGUUCGUAUAGCUUUCCCUUCUAGGACUCCAGCUAGAUCACGACGCGUAUUAGUAUUACGCUCACUAACUUACGCUGAUUAUUAGCAAUAGCGGUAAUUUACGAGAUUUGGUUUGAAAUUAUGCUUGAAAGUAAACAGGGACCAACAUAAUUGAUAUGACAACGAAUCCUGUGACUUUGUACGAUAGUAUGAUAUAUAUCAAAUGAUUAUUAGAUUAGAUGAUAUAUUAACAUUCCAUUAACAGCUUAACAGGAAUUAGGAAGCUUUUUCACGGGCGAAUCAAAUUUCCAACUCAGUAGAUCAUCAAAAACAUUGACCGACAAAUUUCUGAUUUUUAUUACUGACCCUUGUUUUUCAUAUUUUGUCAAAAUUAUAACAAUAUUGUGUAAUUUAUUGAUAUGUAGUGCAAUUAUAUGCAAUAUAAUAUAGAAGUAGGCUCAGCUGUUGAAUUAUAGUAUGUUGUGUAACUGAAUUUUAAAUAAAAAUAUGUAUGAUCAAUUGAUUAACAUUUUAUUCCUGGUUGACGAAUAAUGGAUAGUGGUAAUUUAUCCUAUUCUUUGACAAAUAUUAAAUACUUUUAUAUUUCUCAGUGAUCACUAACUUUUAACCUAUUUUCAAUUUGAUUGAGUAAAUUUAGAAUAUUUUCAGCUGUAAAUAUUUCGUAAUUUUGAUUAAAUAAAUUAGC